AUGAACUCCCGUUUACGAGCCUUAGGUGGGAGGAUAAAUAACAUACGAGCAUCAGAGCUACCAAAAGAGAAAACCCGAUCAGAGAUAAUCUGUCACGUCCACUUUUUGGAUGGCUCAGUACAAAGCUUCAAAGUCAAUAAACAAGACACUGGACAGAUUUUGUUGGAUAUGACCUAUAACCAGUUGGGUGUGACGGAGAAGGAAUACUUUGGUUUACAGCAAAAUGAAACUUCAGUAGAUUCACCUUUUUUCAUUUCACAGCGAUGGCUUGAACCAAGCAAACCUAUUAGAAAACAGUUAAAAGGAGGUUUUCCCUGCACCCUUCGUUUUCGUGUAAGGUUUUUUAUACCUGAUCCUAACACACUUCAGCAAGAACAAACCAGGCACUUAUUCUUUCUGCAAUUGAAGAUUGAUAUUGCAGAAGGAAGGUUGUCAUGCCCCAUUAGUUCUGCUGUUGUCCUGGCAUCGUAUGCAGUACAAUCACAACUUGGAGACUAUAAUGCUUCUGUGCAUCAUUCAGGAUAUCUCUCAAAUUAUAACUUUAUACCAGAGCAGAACAAAGAUUUUCUUACCAAAGUAGAAUCUCUACAUGAGCAACACAGUGGCCUCAAGCAAUCUGAAGCAGAGUCCUGCUAUAUAAAUAUAGCACGAACACUUGAAUUCUAUGGAGUGGAAUUGCACAGUGGUAGAGAUCUCCAUAAUCUAGAUCUUAUGAUUGGGAUUGCAUCUGGUGGAAUUGCUGUAUACAGAAAACUCAUCUGUACAAGCUUCUAUGCCUGGGUGAACAUAUUAAAAAUUUCCUUUAAAAGGAAAAAGUUUUUUAUACAACAACGGCAGAAACAUAAUGAAUCCAGAGAGCAUAUUGUUGCCUUCAACAUGUUAAAUUACAGAGCAUGCAAAAAUCUUUGGAAAUCUUGUGUAGAGCAUCACACAUUUUUUCAGGCAAAGAAGUCACUACCUCAUGAAAAAAAGAUAUUAUCAAAUUAUUGGACCCUGGGUUCUAGAAAUCCCACAAAGUCUGCAAACAACCAGUACUGCAGAAAAGUUAUAGGAGGGAUGGUUUGGAACCCAUCUAUGAGACGGUCCUUAUCUGUUGAGCAUCUAGAGACCAAAAGCCUUCCUUCUCGAUCACCUCCUGUUACCCCUAAUUGGCGGAGUCCUAGACUACGUCAUGAAAUUCGUAAGCCACGACACUCAUCUGUAGAUAACCUUACAAAUGAGAUUAGUUAUAUCACUGAAACAGAGGAUGUUUUUUAUACGUAUAAGGGCUCUCCCACAUCAAAGGACAGUGAUUCGGAGUUCUCUCAGAACCGCAGUCCACAGAGGAGGUCAUCUGAACAAGAAUCACCAAAGAAUGUAUUGGAUAACAGUCCAGCGCGAAGUUCUCUGACCCAUAUCUCACCUAAAGCCUUGGCUCAGUCUCCCAAUGGAGUUGGCAACAUUUCUGGCUCUUACCCUUUGGAAGGGGUGGAUAAACAGUUCUUAGAAACAUAUGACAAUGUUACAAAAAGUAGCUCAACAGAAGAUUCCAGUCAGUACUACUGCGAUAAGAAUGACCUAACUGAAGGAGAUUUACUUUUGGUGCGUAUCAUACCAGAUGAAGAUGGGAAGUUUGGAUUUAAUCUAAAGGGUGGAGUAGAUCAAAAAAUGCCACUAGUAGUAUCAAGAAUAACUCCAGGAUCACCUGCUGAUAAAUGCAUUCCAAAGCUGAAUGAAGGUGAUCAGAUAGUAUUAAUUAAUGGCCGAGAUAUCUCAGAGCACACACAUGACCAGGUGGUCAUGUUCAUAAAAGCCAGCAGAGAAUCUCACACAAGAGAGCUUGCACUUUUGGUCAGACGGAAAGUAGUUAAACAGUUUGUGGAAUCCAAAUCAGAAGAUGAAGCUGAUUCCCACAAUCUCCCAGAAUCUAUUCUUCCUGUCUGUUCUGAAUAUGGUGGUGAUACACUGGAGGAGUCUAUGGAACAGCUAAGAAGAGGGCUAGAAAGUGGGACUGUCCUUAUUCAGUUUGAGCAACUUUAUAGAAAGAAACCAGGUUUGGCUGUUACAUGUGCAAAGGUACCUCAGAAUAUGGACAAGAAUAGAUACAAAGAUGUUCUACCUUAUGAUGCCACAAGGAUAAUAUUGCGAGGAGAUGAAGAUUACAUUAAUGCAAAUUACGUGAAUAUGGAAAUUCCUUCUGUGGGCAUUGUGAACAGAUACAUUGCUACUCAGGGGCCUCUUCCACACACAUGUGCACACUUUUGGCAAGUAGUCUGGGAUCACAAAUUGUCACUGAUCAUCAUGUUAACAACUCUUACUGAACGAGGACGGACCAAAUGUCACCAGUAUUGGCCUGAUCCACCAGAUGUAAUGGAAUAUGGCAGCUUUCGUGUCAGAUGCCACUCUGAAGACUGUACGAUUGCUUAUGUUGUUAGAGAAAUGGUGAUUACACAUGUUGAGACAGAACAACAACACACCGUCACCCAUCUCCAGUAUGUAGCUUGGCCUGAUCAUGGCGUUCCUGAUGACUCCAUGGACUUCUUGGAGUUUGUGACCUGUAUGAGGCCAAAGAGAGUAAAGAAUGAGCCAGUUCUUGUUCACUGCAGUGCAGGAAUCGGUCGUACUGGUGUAUUGGUCACUAUGGAAACAGCCAUGUGUUUAAUUGAAAGGAACCAACCUGUUUAUCCACUGGAUAUUGUAAGAAAAAUGCGAGACCAACGAGCUAUGAUGGUGCAAACAUCAAGUCAAUACAAAUUUGUUUGUGAAGCUAUUCUUCGUGUUUACAAAGAAGGAUUGGUUCGACCACUGGAUUCCAGUUAGCACAGCAGUGAAGAAUGAAUUCUUUUUUUCACCUAAAAAAGACUGCUCCUUAAGUAAAGAAAGGGCUCAUUUCUCAAAGCAACUAGAAUGGACUAGAAGCCCAUGAAAAGACGUAUGAGCACAUUUGAACUGUGGCACUUUAAAUUUCUCAAGAAGAUUGCUAAAUCAUGUACAGUGUAACAAAGUCACAUAGAUAAAUAUAUGACAGUAAUUGUGUGUAAUAUGCUUUAUUCACAUAGACAACCAGAAACAAUCAUGGAAACCUUAAUACAUAUCUUUUACUGCCUUAAAACACCCUUCACUUUGGAAGUUACAAAAUUCCUUGUAUUUAAUUUGAAAUAGCAAAAAGAAAACUCAUAGUAUUGAAAUGAUUCAGCUUAAGAAGGUAUUUUAAUAUAUUUGUAUUGUAUGAAAGUUCAUUGAAGGUGAAUAUAUGUAAUUUCCUUGUUGGGAUACUAAAUAUUCAAGGAAAUUCAGCCUUGACUACUAAAAGGAUGACGAAGAGCUUUAAAGGCUAAUGCAUAACUACUGUACAUUAAGAGCUGGAGAAAUUUAGUAUUCAUUUACCAUAAAUCUAUUAGUGAGUUUGCCAGCUGUUAUAAUAUGCUUAGAAAUCACAUCUACUGUAUGUGAUGUGAAAAUAAUGCUGCAUUUAGGCAUUUAUGCAAAUGGUACAGUCUACAUCUUCUGUUGAUCAAUUUUAAUUGCAACUUGCCCUUGUAACAGUGACCUACUUCUUACAGUUUUAGUUAUUGUACUCCUUUUGUUCUGUUUCUGCUGUCCAUCUACUUUAUACUUGUUUUUCAGUCAUGUGGACUGAAAACAUUGUAACUUAAAAUGAGUUAUAAAUCUCUGUCAUGUUUGUUUCCAUGUAUAUUUAUGAGUUCUCAGAUGUAAAUGUGGAUUGAUGCUGCACACAAGUACUAGACUUUUGACUUACUGUAUAUGCAAAGUAGUCUAAUCCAAUACUGGAAGAAAAAUUACUACUGAACCCAUCAAAUAUGUUGCUGCUAUUUCAAGGUGUGAAGCUUACAAGGGCACAGGUGUUGCUAGUGUUCAGACGGUGAUAAAAUGAUGACUUGCUGCCCUCCAGCAAAAAUGCUCUUAUCCAGUGGAACACAGCUCCCUUUUGCAAGAGUUCUGCAGAUUUACUGUGUUUCUUGCUUAUGCAGAAAUGCAGCUAAAUUCACAUGAAGAUUUAUGUGGAAAGAGAGAACAUAUUUGUAUAUCGAUGAAUAAUUCACCCUAAGGUACACUGGUCUCUAUUUCAUUUCAGGUGGGAGAAUUAGACUUUCUGAACAAUAUAACCACAUUUGUAUGAUGUUAAUUUAUUUUGUGUGUGCUUUUUGAUUACCCUGAGAUAGUUCUUAACUUUUUAAUAGUGUUUAAAAAUUAUUCUAAGGGACUGUUUAAAACUCUGUUAUUUAAAAGAUUAGUCCUAAGUAAGGAAAAAUUUUUAUGGGGCAUAUUAGCCAGAUGUUUAUAUGUGUAUAAAAGAGAAAAUGAAAUAAUUUUUGAGAGAUAUAUAUGCACACACAUAUUCAGAUAUAUUUUAGAAUUAUGGUUUGUAUUAUGGAUAUUAUCAUUUGUAUCUGGAGUUUCAUUAUAGAAACUAUCACAACUGUACAGUAUGCAUCUCUCAUGUUACCAAAGGUUAUGUUUUUUUUCCCCAGGAGAUAACUAAAAACUGAAUGUAGGAUGUGCUAAAUUACUGACUCUUGUCUUCUGUAGGCUUGGAUCUUUCUCUGAGAUUGCAUUAUUAGUUGUAGCUAAAGAAAAUACCUGGUUACUAUUGAUCAAAAGUUUUAGUUGCAACACCCAGGGUAAUUGGCAACAUGGAAACCACCUUGGCUUUGUUAGGUUGAAGGCUGAAUAGGUUUGUGGUCAUUCUUAUAUACUGCAUUCCAAAUUUUACUUUGAAUGAAGUUUUUGUAGUAUUUUGGAUCAUUGUCCUCUUGCUUGAUUAGGCAUAGAUUAGGAGGCAAAAGACCGUACCUCUGGUUCACUUUUAUCUUGCUAAACUGCAUCAGAUCGCUCAAUCUAUCUGUGUGACCAAAUGUAAAAUGAUACUGGACAUGCACAUAUAGCUCGGGAAGCUUCUUUGAAAAAUGCAUGUGGAAAAGCUUUGCACAAGUGCAGGCCACUUGCUGCUGUUAGAAUAUUGAGCAGUGAGAAAACCUAGUGGAUCUUUCCCAGGAAAGGAGUAGUGGGCAGUAAAGAAUAUAUAGUCUCCUGGAUGGUUAACAAAAGCCUCCUUUUUGUUAUGUGUGUGCCUGUCUGUUAAAACAUUUGUUUGUUUGUUUUCUUUUUUUCAUGUUUUGUUGUGCCCAGGUCUCAGAGUCAUCCCUUGCAGUUGGCAUGACUUGCAUUUAAUAGUUUGUCAAGAAGUGAAAAAGGCAAAAAAAUAAAUUGCAAAAAAUAUCUAGAGCAUCUUGUGACAUCCAUUUCUUUCAUGGAAGUAUUUACGGUAUAUUUGUGUUCAAGGUUAUUGCUAUAUUCCUAUUGUUAUUUAUGUUUCUUCAUGUUGAAUAUGUACUUACCAAAGCACUGUAAAUUUAUUCCUUAUUUAACUCCAGUCUCAAAAUAUAUGGUAUAGGCUUGACUUACGUUAGCAUGUGUGUGUUUAAAUGAUGAUGGUCAUAGUGUGACAACAAAUGCUGCUUUUGUUGGGUUUGGUAAUACCAUUGGUGAGUUUUUACUUGGAUUUUAAUAAUUAUUUGAAAUUGCUAGCCAUGGAGAGACUACUCAAAGCUAUAAAAAUAGUAAUCUCUGUAAGACUUU